CAAUGUUGCUUCACAUGUGAUCUUUGCACACUACAAACAAACCUUAUCUCUUCACAUGUGAUAUCUGAAAAUCUAAGAUUGGGUAAUAUAAAUACCACUUGGAUAUUGAACUUAUUACACAUCACUUCAUUACCAAUUUCAUCUACACAAUUAUUACUUAGAUGAAUCCACCCCCAUACGAGUUUAACUUAGAGGAACUCCAAAAACAAUGGGAUUUGAAGGAAUCUUUACUCAAAUGCCAACAACAGUUACUUGAAGAGUUACAAGCUGCAAGUAAUCGAUCCCAUAAGAGGACAUACAUAGAGAGAAACCAUGAAGCUGCCCAUCAAAGGCUGAUGAAAGACUACUUUGUCGAAUCUCCCACAUACACCGACCACCAAUUUCGUCGGAGAUACCGAAUGCAACGACCACUAUUUCUACGAAUUGUAGAUUCUCUCUCAAAUUAUGACACGUAUUUCACUCAGAGGAGAAAUAGUGCUGGAAAGCGUGGUUUAUCGCCAAUUCAAAAGUGUACUGCUGCUAUACGCAUGUUAGCAUAUGGUGUUGCAGCUGAUGCUUGUGACGAAUACGUAAAGAUUGGAGAAACCACUGCAGUAGAGUGUGUCAGCAAGUUUUGUGAAGGUAUUGUGGCCAUAUUUGAGAAUGACUAUUUGAGAAGGCCGAAUGAGGAAGACCUCCAACGACUACUAAAAGUAGGCGAAGAACGCGGUUUUCCGGGAAUGAUUGGAAGUAUUGAUUGCAUUAUUUAUUGCAUGCAUUGGCAAUGGAAAAUUUGUCCUAAGGCUUGGCAAGGUACAUUGAAUGAUAUAAAUGUGCUUGAAAGGUCACCUGUCUUUGAUGACAUUGAGGCAGGUGAAGCUCCGCAUGUGAACUUCACUGUGAAUGGUCAUCAAUACAAUUUGGCAUACUAUCUUGCUGACGGAAUCUAUCCCAAAUGGCUUGUCUUUGUCCAAUCAUUUCAAUAUCCCCAAGGCGAAAAAGCGAAAUUGUUUGUAAAACAACAAGAAUCUUGUAGGAAGGAUGUGGAACGUGCAUUUGGGGUUCUCCAAGCACGUUUUGCUAUAAUUCGUCAACCAGCUAGAAUGUGGGAUUUGAAUGUCUUAUCAAAAAUUAUGAGAGCGCGUAUUAUUUUACACGAUAUGAUAGUGGAGGAUGAACGGGAUACUUAUAGUCGAAACUGGGAGAACGUUGACUUUGAACCAUCAAGCAUUGCUAGCUCGAGCUCAUCAUUUGAUUACCAAACACAAACGUUACCUCAGUUUGAAGUGCAUGUUCAAGGUAGGUCCGAAUCAGAUAUUCAUACUAGAUCUGAACUCCGAGAUAGGGCCAAACAUCUUCAAUUGAAGGAGGAUCUUGUCGAGCACAUUUGGCAAAAGUUUGGAGCAACCGCAAUUUAAUUUUCAACUUUCGAUUUUAAUUUUGUCAAAUUUUAGUUUGUUUU